AUGACAUCGAACGGCAGUAGUGAUACUGCUAGCGGUCCGGCAACCCAUCGCGCCGUCAUCAUAGAAGCUGCUGGAGACCGAGUGCGCGUGCGGGACGAUGUGCCGUUGCCUCCCCUUCGAGAUGAUCAGUUCCUGGUUCGAACGGAGGCCGUGGCCAUCAACCCCAGCGACACCAAGAUGCGCGGCAACUUUGUGACCGACGGCGGCAUCCUGGGCACCGAUUACGCAGGGACCGUGGUGGCUCGAGGGCGACUGGUCACCGACGUGGCCAUAGGCGAUCGAGUCUGCGGAGCGCAACAUGCCAUGAACGCCAACGAGCCACUGCGCGGGUCGUUUGGGGAGUACGACAUCUCGGCCGGUAGGAUCUGGUUGAAGUUGCCACCUUCGGUCAGUACUGCCAGUGGCGCGACGUUUGGCGCAGGGAUCAGCACGGCGGGCAUGGCUCUGAAGCUUCUGGGAUUGCCUCUACCCGACGCCCCGGUAGAGAAGCCCGCAUACGUUUUGGUGUAUGGAGGGAGCACGGCGACGGCGACAAUCGUCAUGCAAUUGCUCAGACUGAUCAACAUGAUACCUAUUGCAACUUGCUCCCCCAAGAACGCGGAACAAGUCAAAGCAUACGGUGCCGAGGAGACUUUUGACUACAAACAGCCAGAUUGCGCGGCCAAGAUUAAAGCGUACACCAAGAACAACCUACGAUUCGCACUAGACUGCAUCACAAACGUGCAGACCACCACCUUCUGCUACGCCGCUCUCGGUCGCGCCGGCGGCAAAUACGUCUCGCUAGACCCGUUCGCAGAUCACGUCGCCGCCACGCGACGCACAGUCAAGACCGACUGGGUGCUGGGGCCCUCCAUCUUCGGUGACGGUUCAACCUGGCCGGCGCCGUACGGACGACCGCCGAGCGACGAGCUCCGUGCCUACGGGGAGAAGCUGUGGACGUUGGCGGAGGGGCUGGUCGCCGACGGCAAACUGCGACCUCAUCCCGUUCGGACGCUGGAGGGAGGACUCGAACGCGUGCCGGAGGGGAUGGACAUGGUGAAGAAUGGCCAGUUCGCGGGAGAGAAGUGCGUGGUUUUGUUGUAAAUUAGUACUUUAGUACUCUAC